AUGGCAUAUCGUGAUAAUUCCGGUUCCUUCCAAGCUUUAAAAUGGAUUCAAUUAUUAUUUUCGUUUCUGAUAUUCAUUCUGGAAAUGGUUGAGCUUGGUGCUACCAUGAAUUAUGACAGAAAAUAUGGCGCAGAUCCCCCAAGUUUGAAUCUAGGAAGAGACUUUGCCAAAAAAUACAUUUAUUUUGUUUUCGGUUUAAGUAUUUUCUGUCUAGUACGGUUUCAAUAUUUUUGGAAAUCGAAACACGGUCCUUUCCUUUGGAUUGAAAUAUCAUUUUUAGCAUUAUGGUUCUCGGCAGCGAUGGCAAACUUUGACGAUAUCUUUAAAGGCCAAUUCACAAGCUGCGCAAAUAUUCACUCAUUUUUUUCGGAAAAGUCAAUCACUCCACAAGAACCAUUAACAGCAUGUAAUACUUAUAUUGCAUCAUUAAUAUUUUGUUGGUUAAAUACGCUAUCGUUUGCUUUAUCAACAUUUAUUUCAUGGAAAAUCCGAAUUGAAAAACGUGCAAAAAUACAACAAACAAGAAGGGUUAAAGUAAUGAAAUUUCAUGGCGGAGGUGAUAAAUCUGAUAUGAAAAGGGCUACAUUUAUUCGAGUUGAGUCUCGUGAUGAAAAUAAAGAAUUUAUUAAAGGUGUUGUUGAAAUUAAGAUCGAUAAAGUUUAG